GAACCUGGUGUGAGGCUCCAGGCUCCUCCCCACCGCUAAGCGACGCGCUGCGUUCCGGCUGCGCGCGGGGAGGUUCCGCCGGGGGCACGCGCUCGCUCUCGAGCCAAAGACGACGCUUAGACGGUGAGCUCGGCGGACGGAGACGCGAACGCACGCGUAGCGCGAUCCUUCACAGCCCGCACGACAAAUCAGAUAUUUUAUACGCCGGCCAUGCUGUGGUUCAUGACCCCCCUUGCCCUUGUGCUCCUGCUGCUGGCAGUCCUGCGUGCUCCACCUGGAGGGUCCGCCGCCUCGCCCGGCAUCUCCUGCUACAGCGACCACGGGGACCCCACCGACUGGUUCCACCUGUACAAACUGCCCCGCCUCGCUCACCAGCUCCGCAGCGAUGGGCUCCAGUACCUGCUGAUGGGCCCCGGGAGCGAGGGGUGGGCGCCGGGGGCCGUGGAGGUCAACGACAGCGCGGGAGCUCUGGGCCGGACUGUGGGGCAGCUGUACCAGCAGCGGGAGGCUGAUGAGAUUGCAUAUAUCCUUUACAAUGACCAGAAGCCUAAGGAGGAGGGUUCAGGUUUUGCUGUGCAGCAUGAAAAAGGUCACACCAAAGGUGUUGUUUUGUUGGAUAAGACUCAGGGUUUCUGGUUGGUCCACAGUACACCUCAUUUUCCACCUCCUAAGGACGAAGGCGAAUUUGCGUAUCCCAGCACCGGGGAGAAAAAUGGACAAAACUUUCUCUGUGUCACUUACCCGCUGGAGAGAUUCCAAACCAUUGGUGAGCAGCUGAGCAUCAAUGAGCCGCUCAUCUACGACUGCAGCGUGCCAGAUUCUAUGGCCUCUUCCCUGCCUUCACUUGCUGCUCUCUGUGGGAAGAGCUGGAGCGAGGGGUCAAAUGCGAGCCUGCCUCUCUCCGACCCCCUCUCUCUGGUUCCAUCCAAUCGCAGCGUGGAGCUCGCCUCCUUGGCGGGUACCGCCUUCGUCAGCUUUGCGAAGGGCUCGUCUUUCGAGAACGACCUCUACCACUCCUGGGUGGCCCCAGCUCUGCAGUCCAAUCUGUUGGUUCAGUUCUGGCACGAGUCCGCUGGAGUCCUGCCCUCAGACUGCUCCCAGAACUGGGAGGUCCUCAACGUGAAGACCAUCUCCCUCGGAUCAGCUGACGAAUUCAUGACCACCAAAGACCACUCGAAGUGGGCUGUUGGCACAGAGGAUGCAAGUGGGAGCUGGAUAUGUGUGGGCGACAUUAACCGGAAUGAGGCGGAGGAGAAGCGGGGGGGUGGCACUGUAUGUCACAGUAACAGCGCUGUGUGGAAGGCCUACAGGACCGCAGUGGUGGAAUACUACCCCUGUGAGGGGUGACGAGGCGGGAGGGAAAUCCAAGGAACUUCAUGUAAAGCAUUUGCACGGUGAGAGGAGCCAAGUCAAAAUAAUGUUUGGUAAUUAAAUAGAUUUCCUUACUAACUUUAUUCCCGCCCUUUUCAUAUACUAAUAACAGCUCUUUUGUAAGAGGGAAAACAGCAGCACACUAAUUCUACAUAAAUAUCCACACACGUG